GUUGAUACCUGUUUUAAAAAAUUUAGUAAUAGUAUUAUUCAAGUUGCCAUACAGUGUAAAUCAUUUUUUUAAAAAGAUGCAUUUCAAUAAGACUCAUGAAGACGUGUUUAUUAUUUAUUAAUAAAGAGUUAUACAUAAUAUAUUUUUUUAAAACUCCUUCAAAAAUUGGAUCUUCACCACGUAAAUAUUUCCAUUGUAGAAGGAUCUACCCCCUUUUAAAAACAACCUUAAAAACUUGUUUAAACUCUAACUUUUGACAUCAUUUUUUCUAUCAAAUCAAAAUGGAACAUUUAGCUUUAGUUAUAAAAUAUGACGAACAAUUCAGAUAUGUAUUGGCAUUGUUAGAUACUUCUGUGGAAAAAGACUAUAAAGACAAAAUCGUCGCAUUGGAUUUAUUUAGUAAGCAACUAAAAGAUCAUGGAAAUGAUCAAGAAAAUAUGAAAAAAAAAAUGGAAGAUAUGAGAAUUCAAUGUGAUAGAUUAAUGCACAAAUUAAAAACUUCUAGCAAACUAUUAGAUGAAGCAAAUAAAGAAAAGAGACAUGUAGAAUUUGAACGAGAUGCUUUAACUCGCCAACUUGGUGAAUUGUACAAAGUAUUUAACAAAGCUAAUCCUAGUAACAAUCCAAAUGGAUCAAUAAUGUUUGAGUAUGAUAAAAUACGGUUUGAUCAAAUGCCACGACAUGAUACAACUGAAUCUAUAUUGUCUGAUAUAAGUUAUUCAAGGUCUGAAGAUAGCUUAGAUUCUGAAAACAAUUUUGAAGAAGCUUUAAAACGAAGGGAACAAGAAUUAGUUGGAACAGUUAAAAGAAAACGUCUUUCAGUGCAAGGAAACAAUAUGGGAGCACUUAAAGAAAUUGAGACUAUUACUUCAAUGUCUAACCAAGUUGUUGCUACUACAACAGUCACAAUGAACCAACAGAAUGGCAAUAUCAGUGCAAAAUCGAUAAUAGAAAGUAAACCAUCCAAUACAUUUCCCAUACCUAGUGCACCUCCUAUUUCUGAUUCUUUGGAUUCAUUUGAUUCAGAAGCAUGUAGUGAUGAAAACAAUCAAAAUGCUCCUAAUACAAUUCAUUCUAGUUCUGCAUUAAACAAAUUAAAUAACAGAGCACAUAACUUCACUCAAAAAAAUAUUAUCAUUCCAGAAGUCUGUGGUCCAUGUGGCAAAAAAGUUAAAUUUAACAAAGUUGUAGUAAAAUGUUUGGAUUGUAAAGCUGUUGCUCAUUUGGAACAUAAAGAUAAAAUACCUUUACCUUGUAUUCCUGUUAAAAAUACUCCUAACAAAAAUGGUGGACGUAUUGCUGAUUAUUCACCAAUGGUUAAUGGCCGUCCAAUGGUACCUGCAUUAGUAAUACACUGUGUGAAUGAAAUAGAACAACGUGGAUUUGAUACUGUUGGUUUAUACCGAGUGCCUGGUUCUGAAAAAGAUGUCAAAGCAUUAAAAGAAAAAUUUCGUAAAGGAGUACCAAAUUUGUCUGAUAUUGAUAUACAUGUAAUUUGUGGUUGUUUGAAAGAUUUCUUAAGAACUUUGGAUGAUCCUUUGAUACCUCAUUAUGACUGGAAAACAUUUACUGAUGCUGUUAGGAAUUCAAAAGAUGAAAAUGAACACAGGUUAUAUCAAGCCAUUUCACAAUUACCUCAACCUAAUCGUAAUACACUGGCUUACCUUAUGUUACAUUUACAAAAAGUUGCUGCUUCUCCAGAUUGUAAAAUGCCAAUUGGUAAUCUUGCCAGAAUGUUUGGGCCAACCAUUGUUGGUUAUUCAAGUGAAAGCUCUGAAAAUAUGUAUUUUGAUUGUGAAUUGAGCAAUAGGGUUGUUGAAGAAAUGUUAAAAUUAUCACCUGAUUAUUGGUCAAAUUUUUUGAACAAUUUAGUUCCUCGGCGUGUACAAAAUAAUCCUGUAAAGCGUACCCCAUCUCGUCCAUUACAACCUACUCAUACUCCAAUUUCUAGAAAUAACCGUAUUUUUGGUUCCAGUACAAAAAGAAGGUAUUUAGAAUCACCACGAUCAGUAAAAGCUGCUAGGAUUAAGCAACUUGAAUCAAAGAAAAAGUAAAGUUCUUAUUUUGUUGUGUAAUAUGUAUAUAGAUAAAUAAAUUUGCAUAAAUAAUUUAGUGUAAGAAAUUUUAAAACAUUAAUCUUUUAAUCUUUUGCAACUAAACUUAAACUUAUUAUAAUUUUUUUUUUUUUACCAAUGUACUUAAAUUGAGUUUUAACUUAAGUUUAAAUUCUUAAUUUUUGUAAUUCUUGAUAAACUACGAACAAAAUGUAGCUGUGGUAUGAUAAACAUUUAAUUUUAUUAUUGUGUAACAUUGUUUUUCAUGUUUUCUUAUUGUGUACCAUAUGAUCAAAGUAAUUUUAUUGUUAAUUACAACAUAUCGAACAAACUUUUAUUUUAGUAUUAGACCAUUUAUUUUUAUACAAAUAUUAUAUAGUUAUAAC